UACAGCGCAGCACAACAGGCGCUCCUGACGCAGACGUCUGCGCCUCUGACGCAUUGACGUCUGAUUGGAGCAGCGGAGCAGCAGCGACUGCAAACUGAUGCAUGUGGGAGGAAUGGAUGCAGAGAUGACUGACUGUGAUAGGACAUAAAACAUAGUCGGAGAGUGCAAAAAGCCCAUUUGGUGUAUAAGCGAGAUAUAAGUGACACGUUUUGCUCUGUAAAAUGAAGCGCGUGAGUGUAAGUCAUAGCUCGCUGCCGCGUGUCUGCCGCGCGGCCCCACCCCUGCUCCUCUUCUGCCCGACUCCCUCCGGAUAUUUUUAGCGCUGAUGAUGUGCCCUGUCAAAUCACGUAACGGAAACAACCUCGGCGCUGGAGAAGCAGAGCUAGCCGCGGAGAGAAAGGCUUUGGGUGGUUUUUUUUUCGUUGUGAUCUGCAGAGAAAAGAGCCGCCAAUGAAAUGAAACUUGAGAAUUAUUUGGUGUUUUGCGUCUCGAUCAUUCUUACCGGUUCAUCGCAGACAAGAGGUCAGAGCAGUACUGCCUUGCCUCCUGCAAUCUCAACAGUUCCUGACCUGACAGAAAAUCAUGAUCAUGAAAUCCCACACUGGACACACAAUCCUGCAGGCAGGGAGGAAACCUCAACUGAAACCACCAUUACAGGGACUGGAGUCCAUUCAGGGACUGUGAAAAGCGAAGCAUUUCAAACAUUUACUGCAAGCUUCACUGUGGCCACAUCUCAACACACAGAUAUACCUGUGGUCAUGACUACUAGCAUGACUGCUGCUGCAACAGCUUCAGCUCCUGCAGACAGCCUUUCAUCCACACUAAGAGUACAGAGCUCCACCCCUACACAGCACAUCUCCACCACUGAAGGCUUAGCCCUGAUGACCACAGAUCCCCCCCCCACCUUUUCAUCUCCGCCAGCCGACACGGUGCAGGAUACCAGCUCCACAGCCCACGCCUCCACCAUCCAGCAGCAGUCUGAGUCACUGACCAAAGCGCCCACACAGCCAGCAACCACAGGACUCCCUAUAACCUCAGCUCCAGUCCUGGGUCCUGCAGGGCCAACGCACAAGGAGGUCCCAUCUGAACUGAAUGUUGGAGAUGAAGACCGCAAGCAACCUCGCUCAAGCUCCCCUCUGGAUCCUCUACUGGCUGGCCUGCUCUCAGUGUUCAUUGUCACCACAGCAAUCAUCUUCAUCAUCCUCUUCCUCAAAUUCCGACAGCGAACAAACCACCCAGAGUUCCAUCGGCUGCAGGACCUACCCAUGGAUGAUUUGAUGGAGGACACACCACUCUCCAGAUACAGCUAUUGAUUGAAUCAUCCAGCUGUUCACGUCCACCACUCAGAGAGCAGAAACAGAAGAGACACCAGAGGAGGACCAGUGUGGGUCAGAGGAAAGCAAUUGCCUGAAUGUGACCAUGAUUUCUGGUCAGAAGUAGAAGUGCGUCUCUGUUUACAAGAGAGGAUUCAGUUGUACUUUUUUCCACAUUCCCUUUAAAUUUCCACAGAUCUUCAGUCUGCUGUCAACAUGUAGUUUUCUCUUUCCUGGGGCAAGUAAAUAGUACCUCUGCACCCCUAGCUGCCUCUUCUUGUAUGCACAGCACUUUAAUGUGGCAUGGAUAGUCACAGUGCCCCCUGGGGGACUUCUGAGGUAAUGUGGAUCAAGGUAGCAUCAAGUCCUCCAAAGUAUGUAAGACAUGACCUCAGGUUAUACAGCAAAAAUUAAGAGUGGCACUGACACUGACGGAGUGAGAUUCAGAAUGCUUUAAGAGAAAGAUGCCAACAUGACCAGAACAGUUAUUAAAUAUAAACUAUGAUCCCUUUAGUAACCAAAAAUGUAGUGAAGUGCACUUUCAAACCAAUUAGCCCGAGUUGCUAUUGCAUUUUGUCUUAAUACUGAGGCCUUGCUGCAGAAGAUCAACAAAGUAAGCAUGUUUUCUAUUCACAGGCCAUAUCUUUAGAAGGUUACACAAAAACUAGUUAUCUUACAGAAGCAGCCACUCGUUAUUCAAUCACUCAAACAUAUGUCCAAAAUUGUACAAGAUAUUGAUUUCUGCAGCGUUUAAUGUGUAGUAGUUACACAUCUCUGAACUUUAAUCACUGCUUUUUUUUAAAUGCUGUAAAAUGAAACUUGAAUUUGGCCUUUUUUUUAAUGAAUGUUGAUAAACCAGAGAUCUUGCUUCAAGAAACAAAAUCCUUUAUAUGAUUAAAUUGUAAUGAUUAAAUACACUUCUAUGGUUAAAUGUGUUGUAUAAAUCUUAUCAACAAAGAAUGUAUUUGUUUUGUUCAAAUGCUUUAUACCGAACAGAAUGAUAAGAGGCACAGUGGAGUUGCCAGGUUUAGACUGCUGUUUGCUUUAUGUGUAUUAGCUGGAGUAUUAUGCAAAUGUACUUGAACAAAGCCGUUGUAUUAGAGUUUUGGUGUGAUCUGAGUUACAGUGACGUAUGAUCAUAUGUCAUCGAAAUGUGGACUGUAAGAAUUUAUGAAUUGAAGGAUUUUCUGUUUGAUAAUAAAAUAUAAACCACAGUACUUAA